CGCGUUGUCGUUCAGUACACGUCCGCCUGUCGUUCACCGCAGCCACCGUCUCUCAUCUCAUCUCUUUCUCGAUCGUUCACUCUCUCUCUCUCACUCGCUCUUUCUCUUUCUCUCUCUCUCUAUUUCUCGUUCUCACUCUCUCUCAAACCCUCGGCCGGUUCGCUGUACGAUGAGCGCAUGACAAACAGCGGUAAACAACAACAACAACAUCAGUUAGAACCCGACUGCCGUCGACUCCGAGAACACAUCGUCCGCACUUCUCGCACUCGAAUCGUUCCGGUGCACACGCCGCACGAACCUCAUCAACGAAAACAAGAUGAAGAGUUUUAGUGUUAUUAUGUUUAGCAUGUUGAUGGCUAUGCUAUUGGUUGCCAUUACAACAGUCAGCUCAGAUAACAUUAGAAAGGAUGAAACACCAUUGAAACGUUUGGCCAGAGCUCCUGAAAAAUCCUGCCAUUAUGACAAGACGCCAUGGUCACCGUGCGAUGAUAAGACAAAUAUGAAGACACGCACAUUGACUCUAAAGGAAGGUGAUGAAACCACCUGCGAAAAAACCAAGAAGAUGGUGAAGAAAUGCAAGAAAGCAUGCAGGUAUAGGAAGGGCACGUGGAGUCCAUGUAACUCGCACAACGAAAUAAUCAGGACGGAUACACUCAAGCAUCCAUCCACCGAAAACUCAAACUGUGAGAAGACCAGACAGAUAACGAAAAAGUGCAAGAACCGUUUUCGGAAUCACUUAGGUCACAAGAAAAACCACAACAAACAGUAAUGCAUAUAAUAUACACACUACGGAGUGCUAACAUGUUACAAAACAA